AGAUUCCUUCCUCCCGGAGCCCACGAUGGAGAGCUGGCGGGCACUCUUUUGUCUCUCGUUCCUGUGUUUUCUGAUGCACGCCCGAGGUCAAAGGGACUUCGACUUGGCUGAUGCUUUGGAUGACCCCGAACCCACCAAGAAGCCGAGCUCAGAUAUCCACCCAAAGCCGAAACCCCCCUAUCGCCCGCAGCCUGGAAUUCCCGACAGCGGCGGAAAUAUCGACCCAAGACCAAAGCCUCCGCCUCGUCCGUAUCCUGGCAGUUCCGACAACAGUGGAGGUUUCUUUAAUGACGUGGACCGGGACGAUGGCCGCUACCCACCCAGACCCAGGCCGCCGGCAGGUGGAGGUGGCGGCCACCACCCUGGUUAUGGUGGCUACGGAAACACAUAUGGUGGAAACGGAUAUUCAACCUACGGCAACCAGCACGGCAACACAGUAGCGAAAAUCGUGUCCCCCAUCGUGUCGGUCGUGGUGGUUGCGCUGGUGGGCGCGGCAGCUAGGUAUUUCCAACGCAACAGGACAAGAAAUUGUUUCAGGACAAAUGCUGAACUACAGUUCCCAGCAUCCUUUGUGGGUCAGUAUGGUCAUGUGACAGCUCUGGCCAAUGGCGUGCCACCUCCAUUUUAG